CUCAAGUUGGAAAAUCCGAUCUUCACAAUGCUUGCUCAAAACCUAACAGUAUUGAGAAAGCUUGUUCUUGAUAAAACAAACAUGUCCAUGGUUUCACCAAAGUCCUUUGUGAAUUUGUCUUCUUCUUUGACACAUUUAAGCGUUUAUAGUUGUUCCUUAAGGGGGAUAUUCCCGGUUAGUUUUUUUCAAUUCCCAAACCUUACUACUCUCGUUAUCAGUUACAAUGAAGACAUGUCAGGGAUUCUUCCCAAAUCGAAUUGGACUGGUCCUCUUGCCUACUUGUCUCUCACGGGGUGCAAAUUCACCGGACCCAUCCCCUCAGCAUUGAGAAAUCUCAAACAACUCCAAGCUCUAUUUCUUGACAUGAAUAACUUUAGCGGGGUGGUAGAGUUUGAAAUCUUUACGAAGCUUCAAAAUCUACAGAGGCUUAGUGUUUCUCAGGAACUAAAUCUAACCUACAAUAGACUGAGCCACGCAUUCCCGAAGCUUGAAUGGUUACGGAUGCGAUCUUGCAACUUGGCCAAGUUUCCUUUUUUCCUGAAUUCGUUAGAAAGAUUAAAACUCUUAGACCUCUCUUCCAAUGGCAUUAGUGGGGAGAUCCCGAGGUGGUUCUGGGGAAUAAGCCAUGAUACGUUAGAAUCCUUAGAUCUUUCUCAUAACCUUCUGGAGGGAGCUAUACCACAAUUGUACUGGAAGAGAUUGUCCGUUAUGGAACUUCAGAACAAUUCAUUCCAAGGACCACUCCCUAUCCCUCCACCUUCUACUUUGUACUUUGAUGCCUCUCGCAAUGGUUUCACUGGUGAGAUCCCCUCUUCGAUUUGUCAGUUGAGCUCACUCAAUCAUUUGAAUUUGUCUAACAAUAAUCUCUCCGGGAACAUGCCACAAUGUUUUGGAAAUAUGAUCAGUCUUGCGUCUCUAGACUUGAGCAGCAAUAGGUUCCAAGGGCCAUUACCGCACUCCCAAGUGUCAUUAUUUCUCGGUCACCAAGAAUUCAAUGAUAUCUUCUCAAACACCUCAUUACGCGUAAUAAAUCUGUCCAACAACAAGUUUGGAGGGCCAAUUCCACUUCCAUCUCCCAUGACAUCUUAUUAUUCCAUUGCAAGUAAUAUGAUAAUAGGAAAAAUCCCUUCUUUGUUAUGCAAUGCUACCAAGCUCCAGCUUAUCGACUUGUCAAACAACAGCUUAAUAGGUAGCUUGCCUCGGUGCUUAGUAAACUUUAGCACCGAUCUGUCAAUUUUGAACUUGCGAAUGAAUCACCUUGAGGGCACAAUUCCUCAAUCAUUUUCUCCGAGAAGUAGCUUGAUGACUCUUGAUUUUAGUCAAAAUCGGUUUGAAGGCAUGUUACCCCAGUCCCUUGCCAAAUGUAAAUAUCUUGAAGUAUUGGAUAUCAGUAGCAAUCAGAUAGAGGAUACAUUCCCGAGGUGGUUGGGCAAACUUCCGGAGUUACAAGUUCUCAUUUUGAGGUCCAACAAUUUUAAGGGUCUUUUGGAUAUUCCGAAGGGGGCUAACCUCUUUCCCAAGUUACGCAUUUUGGAUCUCUCCAGAAACAAUUUCGGCGGUCCUUUGCCCGCCGACUUGAUAAUCAACCUUAGAGGCAUGAUGAAUGGCAGAAAUGCGCAAGAAAAGUCAUUAUAUAUGACACGGUCUUUCCAACUGGCAUCAUAUGAAAAUUCCGUGACUGUGAUGAUGAAAGGAGUGGCGACUAAGCUAGUGAAGAUCUUGUACAUCUGCACAACCAUCAACUUGUCGCACAAUUUUUUCCAAGGAGACAUACCUGGAGUCUUUGGAUAUCUCCACUCUCUCAAAGGGCUCAACUUGUCACACAACCACCUCACAGGUUCCAUCCCUGCAACUCUAGGACACUUGACUAAUCUUGAAACGCUUGAUCUCUCUUCGAACGAGCUUAAUGGGGAAGUUCCUAGAGUAUUGGGAGAUUUGGCAUCCCUUGGGUACCUAAACCUCUCGAAGAACCAACUCACUGGUCGAAUUCCUCAAGACAAGCAAUUGAGCACAUUUUCAAGCAACUCAUUUAGUGGGAAUCCAAGCUUAUGUGGAACUCCAUUGCCAAAAGCAUGCCUUGGGGAUGCUCCACCUCCUCCACCACCGUCCUCGUCAACUUUUGACCGCGAUGGGCAUGAGAGUUGGUUCAAACAGAAAGCAAUGUGGAUAGGAUAUGCAUCCGGAAUCGUAAUUGGUAUUUCCAUAGCAUACAUUGCAUUCGAAACGGGAAGGCCCAGAUGGCUAGCGCGAGGUGUGAGAAUGCUGGAGGGAAGAACAGCCGAGUGGAUGAAGAAGGCAAAUGGGAAGGCCAUCAAAUUUCAUGGACAAUGAAAUUGUUUGAGGAGUUUUCUCUUUAAACUACGCAACGUA